GAUGGCUACUCCAGGAGGUCAGACACCUAGUAUUCAACGUGGCAUCGUAAAACAGGUUCAGUCAGGUGAUUCUGUGAUCAUCCGAGGACAACCAAAAGGUGGGCCACCACCAGAAAGACAGCUCUGCUUAUCUAACAUAACAGCACCAAGGCUAGCAAGACGUGCAAGUCCUAAUAUUGAAGGAUCAGUUGACACCAAAGAUGAACCUUUUGCAUGGGAGGCGAGAGAAUUCUUGCGUAAGAAACUGGUGGGUAAAGAGGUGUGCUUUACUAUUGAAUACCGAGUGCCUGGAAGUGGUCGUGAAUAUGGUAACAUCUACCUUGGCCGAGACACAACUGGUGAGAAUGUUACAGAAUCUAUUGUUGCUGAAGGUUUAGUUGAAGUAAGAAGAGGUGGUUUGAGAGCCACUGAUGAACAAGGCCAGCAUUUGAUUGAAUUGGAAGAAGCAGCUAAAGGUGUGGGUAGAGGAAAAUGGAGCAAAGAACCAAACACUCACUUAGUCAGGGAUAUCACAUGGGUUAUUGACAAUCCAAGAAACUUCAUGGAUUCUCACCAUCAGGAGCCCAUUGAUGCUGUCAUUGAGUUUGUACGUGAUGGCUGUACAGCGAGGGCGUUUUUAUUGCCAUCAUUCCAUCAAAUCACCAUUAUGUUGUCAGGAAUUAAGUGUCCAAUGUUCAAACUAGAAGGAGAUAAACAAGUACCAGAGCCAUUUGCGGAAGAAGCAAAAUUCUUCACUGAAAGCCGAUUAUUGCAGCGAGAUGUGAAGAUAAUCUUAGAGGGGAUUUCUAAUCAGAACUUCAUUGGAAGUAUAUUACAUCCGAAUGGUAAUAUAUCAGAAUUGUUAGUGCGUGAUGGUUUUGCUCGUUGUGUUGAUUGGAGUAUGGGACUUGUGUCGCAAGGACCUGAAAAAUUACGAGCAGCUGAACGGUUUGCUAAAGACAAACGUCUUAGAAUAUGGAAGGACUACACUCCCAGUGGACCAGCCAUAGAUUUACAAGAUAAAAACUUUACUGGCAAAGUUGUUGAAGUAGUAAAUGCUGACUCAAUGGUGAUCAAAACAAACACUGGUGAAUACCGUAAACUAACGCUGUCUAGUAUUCGACCUCCACGGUUGACACAACCCGGUAAAGAAGAUGAAUCGCCAAUAAAGGAGAAUCGUCGUAUUCGUCCUUUGUAUGACAUACCAUACAUGUUUGAGGCACGAGAAUUUAUGCGCAAGAAGUUGAUUGGCAAAAAAGUAAAUGUAUGUAUUGACUACAUUAGACCUGCCAAUGAAGGUUUCCCUGAAAAGACAUGUGCAACUGUUACUAUUGGAAACAUUAACGUUGGUGAAGCACUGGUUAGCAAAGGAUUUGCUAGUGUUUUACGUUACCGUGCCGACGACGACCAACGCUCCUCGCAUUAUGAUGAAUUACUAGCUGCGGAAGCAAGAGCACAAAAGAAUGGGAAAGGAGUACAUAGUAAAAAAGAACCACCAAUACACAGAGUGGCAGAUUUAUCUGGUGAACCACAGAAAGCUAAACAAUUUCUGCCAUUUUUACAACGUGCUGGUCGCAGUGAAGGAGUUGUUGAAUUUGUAGCAAGUGGGUCACGUGUAAGAAUCUAUCUGCCUAAAGAGACGUGUCUUGUAACAUUCCUUCUAGCUGGUAUCAACUGCCCCCGUAUGGCACGUACAGGUCCUGGUGGUCCAUCUGAAACUGAAGCAUGUGCAGAGGACGCAUUGCAAUAUACAAAAGAACUAUGUCUGCAGAGAGAGGUUGAAGUUGAAGUAGAAUCAAUGGACAGAGCCGGUAAUUUUAUUGGAUGGUUAUUUGUUGAUGGUAUCAAUUUAUCCGUAUCAUUGGUAGAAGAAGGGUUAGCAAAGACGCAUUUCACAGCUGAACGUAGUCCAUACAGUAGACUAUUAUAUUUAGCAGAAGAGAAUGCCAGAAAGAAGAAGAUUAAGGUUUGGGAGAAUUACGAAGAACCACAGAAUGUUGUUGUUGUGGAGGAAAGUGAUAGAAAGACCACUUAUAAAAAUGUAGUUAUCACUGAAGUACUUGAUGAAUUAAACUUCUACGCACAACAUGCAGACACUGGGCCACAGCUGGAGAAACUAAUGGAACAACUACAUACAGAAUUCAGUAGUAACCCACCAUUGGCUGCCUCGUAUACCCCAAAACAUAGAGACCUAUGUGCUGCUAAGUUUGUAGAUGGUAACUGGUAUCGUGCCAGAGUUGAAAAGCUGCUACCCAACAAAAAUAUACAGGUGCUUUACAUUGACUAUGGCAACAGUGAUUCCGUUAGUGUAACUGAUUUAGCAGCUCUACCACCAUCAUACCAUUCAUUGCCAGCGCAAGCACAUCGUUAUCAACCAGCAUUUAUCAGCCUACCUACUGAUCCUGAAGCAUUAUCCGAGGCUACAGCAGCUUUCAAACGGGAAGUGAUGAACAACAACCUCUUAUUGAAUGUAGAAUAUCGAGUCAACGCUCAAGAAUUUGUUACUUUGCUUAAUGCUGAAAGUCGUGAUGAUAUUAUGCAGAAUCUGGUCAAGGAAGGAUACGUGAUGGUUGAAAAAAGACGUGAAAAGCGACUACAGUCACUGAUAACCGAGUAUAACAAAUGUCAGGACCAGGCAAGAAAAAGUCGUUUGAAUUUAUGGCGCUAUGGCGACUUCACUGAUGACGAUGCCAAGGAAUUUGGUUACCAGAAAUAAGCUGACAACUAGGAAUAUUUAUCUAAUUGAACCAAAUGCUUAGCUUGUAUCAUCUACUUUCAUAAUGACUCUUAGAACAUAAUAUUAUCUACUUGAAAUAUCUCUAGUUACUUUUAUCUACUUGAAUGCAAUGACAAAUAGGAAAAAUAAUUAACAAAUUGAGCAAACAAACAAAAUGAACCAGUGAAAAGUGUGUAACUGGGAAAUGGAAUUUUGCUGCUAAAGGUGCUUCUCAUACAUAAGUGUAUGGUUGAAUUUUUAAAUUUGUUUCAAUUUUACCAAACUGUUCCUACAGUGUAAUGUCUGAAAAUAUAUAUUUUUGUUGCAAAAUUGAGAAUAGGAAUAGGGAAGUGAAUAUACUGAUUUUUAUCCCCAAUUAUUUAUUGUAUUAUUUUCUGCAAAUUUCAUACAAUAUUUUGUUAAUGUGCAUUCAAGAUGAAUAAUCUGCUUGGUAAAAGUUCAAAUUUGUGUGUUUUUGUUGCGCAAGAUCAUUCUAGCUACAACCAUCUAAAUUUUGUUUAUAGCAAAUAUAUUCAAAAGAACAGCAAAGAUAGUAUCUAUCUUGUUAAGUUUGAUGAAUGGCUUUCAGUUUCUCGGUGCAUCCUAUAUGACUUCCAGUCCUUCCUUGUACAUCCUACUUUUCACUGGUUUCUGUGAUACCUUGAACUGGUCAGGUGAAAAAAAGCAUAUCAUUUUUGGACAUUCACAUAGUGUGUAUGUAAACCAUUCAUAUGUCUCUGAAAAUAAGACAUUGAUUAUUUGUUAGGAAUUGUAUUUACAAGACUUGUAACCAUGACAACUAUUACCUUUGUGCCACUUGAUGGCAUGACUUGGAAGAAUCAAGUAGAUCUGUCCAACUCCCCAUCAAAAUGGACAGAUGAAACAAUAAGCCAUUUAAAGUUUGACUGGUUAUCAAAGAGAUGCAAAACAUUGUUGCCAUAAUACGAAUAUUAUCUUAACUUGUUUUGGUGGUCAUCACACUGUUGGACGACAUCUUGUAUUUCUACCAUCGUAUUGAACAGACUUAGAAUUACAGUAAAAUAAUCAUGUAUGAUUAAAAAUAAUUUUCCUACAAAAUGUUGCAAAGAACUUUGUGAAUUUGUCAUUUUAUUGAAUAAAAGUACUAUACUUGU